UCAUCGUCGCAGCAAGCGGGCGCCAUGACGGAGUACAAGCUGGCGGUGGUGGGCGCUGAAGGUGUUGGCAAGAGCGCCCUCACCAUCCGGCUCGCCCACAACCACUUUGUGGACGACUACGACCCCACCAUCGGGGACUCGUACCCGAAGCAGCGGGUGGUGGUCGAUGGCGAGACCUGUCUGCUGGACAUCCUGGACACGGCCGGGAAGCAAGAGUACAGCGACAUGCUGGAGCAGUUCAUGCACGAGGGCGAGGGCUUCCUGUGCGUCUUCGCCGUCAACAACUCCAAGUCCUUCGAGGACAUCCCCCGGUACAGGGAACAGAUCCAGCGCGUCAAGGGCUCGGAGGACGUGCCGAUGGUGCUGGUGGGGAACAAGUGCGGCGUGCCCACGCGGACCGUGGACACGAAGCAGGCGCAGGAGCUGGCGCAAGGCUACGGCAUCCCCUUCGUGGAGACCUCCGCCAAGACCCGGCAGGGCGUGGAAGAUGCCUUCUGCACCCUGGUGCGCGAGAUCCGCAAGUACAAGGAGCGCCGCGUGAGCAAAGACGUGUGCAAGAAGAGAAAGAAAUCGAAGAGGAGGAAGUGCCGCCUCAUGUGA